GGGCACAGGUGGGUGGCACUGGGGGCACAGGUGGGUGGCACUGGUGGGCACAGGUGGGUGGCACUGCUGGGCACAUGUAGGUGGCACUUCUGGGCACAGGUAGGUGGCACUUCUGGGCACAGGUGGGUGCACUGCUGGGCACGGGUGGGCGGAGCUAGUGGAUGCACUGCUGGGCGGAACUUGCGGGUCUCACUGCUGGGCACCGAUCAUCAGGGCACUGAUCAUCAGUGCCCUGAUGAUCGGUGCCGAUCCCCGCUCUGACAACUGCCGGUUUCUCGGCAGUACUUUCCUCACGAUCUGACAGCGUGAGGAAAGUGCAGCCGAGAACCGGCACUUGCAU